CAAAAUGGAAUCUUUUGCUGUGGGUAGCGACGAGAGCUAUACUGUUUCCGUUUAAAUUAUCCCUCUUUUUUCCUGCGCUUCGUUGGAAAAGGUGUCAAAAUGGGACGACGACCAGCAAGAUGCUACCGCUAUUGUAAAAAUAAGCCUUAUCCGAAAUCUCGGUUCUGUCGCGGUGUUCCUGACCCAAAAAUUCGUAUAUUUGAUUUGGGAAGGAAGAAAGCAACUGUUGAAGAUUUUCCCCUUUGCGUGCACUUGGUUUCUGAUGAAUACGAACAGCUAAGUAGUGAAGCGUUGGAAGCGGGACGUAUUUGCUGCAACAAGUAUUUGGUUAAAUACUGUGGAAAAGACCAGUUCCACAUUAGAAUGCGCCUGCACCCAUUCCACGUCAUUCGAAUUAACAAAAUGUUGUCAUGCGCUGGAGCUGAUAGGCUCCAAACUGGAAUGAGAGGAGCCUUUGGCAAGCCUCAGGGCACGGUGGCUCGAGUUCGCAUUGGGCAACCCAUUAUGUCGGUCCGUUCAAGCGACCGUUACAAGGCUCAAGUUAUUGAAGCUUUGCGUCGUGCGAAGUUUAAGUUUCCUGGACGUCAGAAGAUCUAUGUUUCCAAGAAGUGGGGAUUUACUAAAUACGAACGUGAGCGCUACGAGGAACUUCGCGAUGACAACCGCCUGGAGCCGGAUGGUUGCAAUGUAAAAUACCGACCAGAGCACGGUCCAAUAGCUGCUUGGGAAAAAACUCAGCGUGAUGUUUAUGCAUAAUAACUCUUAACUGAAUUGUUGCGUAAACUAUUGUAAUACGUUCACAAUAUAAAUAAAAACUCUUUGCUGAGCAUA